GCUGGGUUGGAGUGUUCGUGGAGGCUCAGAGCGCCGCUGUCACUCCUCAGUGUGGCGUUCCGCUUCUCCUCACUCCACUAACGGAUUCUCCCUGAAACAAACUCUCGACUCUGCUCCCCACCGUACACUGCCGGAUAACUGAAAGAACGAUACAGUGCCAGUAAAGCUUCAUCUUCUGCAGCUGUGUUUGGACGCACAGUGUGAACGUUUCCCUCUCAUAGUGUCUACACUACAGUGUGUGUACCAUGGCUUCUAAACCUCACCCUCCGCUGAUGAAGAAACACAGUCAGACAGACCUGAUAAGCCGUCUAAAGAGUCGAAAGAUCCUGGGGGUUGGCGGUGAAGAUGACGAUGGAGAGGUGCAUCGUUCAAAGAUCAGUCAGGUGCUGGGAAAUGAGACAAAGUUUACAGUGCGAGAGCCGAUCGGUCUGAGGGUGUGGAUCCUCCUCUCAGCCGUGGGCUUCACAGUUAUGGCCCUAAUCGCCCUGCUGUUUCCCAACCAGCUCUAUGAGGUUGUGUUCGAGGAGGAGCUUUCCACAACGAGCAUCUCCAUUCGCCUUUAUGGAGGAGCACUGCUCAGCCUGGCCCUCAUCCUGUGGAAUGGUGUUUAUACGGCAGAGAAGAUCAUCAUCCAGUGGACUCUGCUCAGUGAAGCCUGCUAUUUUGCCGUCCAGUUUCUAGUGACUUCUAUCACCUUAUUGGAAAUUGGCACCAUGCCCAGUGCUGCAGUGCUCCUUCUCCUCAGUCGAAUCUUCUUCCUGGUGGUCACCAUGGCGUACUACUACCAUCUUGGCCGUAGGCCAAAGAAGAUCUGAGUUGCCGACACAUUGCCACCAGGGAGGGAACAGCUCUGCACAAAUCACAAAUACGGGGCCAUGAGGUUUAUAACAUUGUUGGGACUGGGGUUCAGAGCAUUAUACACCCCCCCCCUUUCUCUUUCAUGGGGUCUUUCCCCUUUUUAAGCUUGACUAGCCAACAGAUAAGCACAGUCUCACAUUCCAGACACUAGAAAAAAACAUGGUAAAAGUGAAUUACUCUGUGGGUGACUGAGGUCAGACCCCGCUCGACACGCAUUCCUCUUUUGUGCAGGUCUGAGUGCCCUUAUUAUACAGAAGGAGCUGUUUCUCAUGUGUUGCAUUCUUGUAUUUCCUAUAUGGUGUGACUGGAUAUGUACAGAGUCAUUUCAAACAGAAAACCCUGUUCUUCAUGUAGAGCUACAGGGUGGAUUCAGUAUUCUGUGUUGGCUCUUUGAUAAUAUGUUGUAUCUUAACACAGCUUAGAAAUGUCACACCGAAGCCAAGAGUUUGGGCCUUAAUUACUUUCUUGUUUGUUGUUAAUUCUGAAUGUACAUUAUCAUGUGUACUGAAGCCAAGCCUCGGUACCUGUGCUUUCACUCUCCAGUGAACAUGCUGAAUGAAAAAAACAAACAACAACAACAAAAAAAAUCAGCCUUGCUUAGUGUAUCUCAAACUCUGAUUCAGAUUUAGACGCUAAAACUCAAUUCUGCAUGAGUGGCAUUUUUGCUUCACUUAUUCUAGUGUGAACACAAAGAAAAACUCUUAUCCAGAUUCAGACGAACGGAAAUGUUCAGUCUAAAUGUUUUUCAGGGACAAGUGGUAUUAAGAUGAUCUACCAAAGUAAAUAGGCAGGGGUACACAUAACUGGUACUCAUGGUGCUCAUGUGUGCAAAACAUCAUUGAUGCACAGCAGAGGGAACCACUUUUCCUACAAUCUGUCAUUGCUUUCCUCGUAUGAAGCACUUCCCUGGUGUUUUCUGCUGCACAUCAUUUAUUUUUAGCACGCACAAGUACCAUGAGUACCAGUUAUGUGCAUGCCUGUAAAUAGCGAGAUGUUGUUUUAUGUACACAGUAUUUCCUGCUUUUAAGCUUGACAGUCACUUGCACUGACUUAGAAAUGAGCAUAAAAGUAAAUCUCACUUUACACACUGCUGUGCGUGCACUGCUUGGCACAAUCUGAGCAUAUGUGAUCUUACAGGAAGUAUUUAACAUUCUGAUCAUUGCUGUAAAUGUCACAAGCUAAUCUAGUCAGUGUAGAGAGCACAUAAAACCUGAGCUUGUUCUUCAUUUAGUCAUGUAGCAAGAACUUUUUAAACUUUCUUUCAUUCAUUCUUUUAAUUGGCUCAGGGGUCACUACCAGCCCGGCUCGUGGCGAUUACCUGCCCUCCAUGUUUUCCAUACAGCCUGCAGCCACAGCUGAUUAGUCAAGUCUGGUGUUUCCUUGCUCUUGAUCGGCUGAACACACCUGACUGAGUUAAUUAGCAGAAAGCCGUGGAAAACACGAGGGCAGGUGAUCUCCACAUGCAGGGUUUGUGACCCCUGACGUAAACCAUAUUCUUAGUUUUGCCUUAAAACUACUUACAAGAAACUGUUUGUUGUACAUUUGUAAAUUAAAGUAUUUACCAAAUUUUGAUGUUCUUGUGGACCAAACGAGGAACAUGUUCAGUAUUAGUUGACUGAUUUUUUUUUUUUUUUAAACGUUAAUUCCUCUCUCAGUAAGAUGGUGUGUCUGAUUUUGUACUUAUUUAAGUGAUAUUUGUGUUUUGAUGUAAUGCAUGCAGUGUACUCCUCCAAAUAUAUAGCUCAAUGUGUAGCAAGCUUGGUAACAUCAAGUGUUAUGGCUGUGAAGAACAUAUUAGCCAGUUAUUGCAGCAGUCACAGGGCAGCCAGACAAUGACUAGUUUGUUUUGUUUGUUUUUGCAUUAGACAAUUGAACUGGAUGUGCUUUCAAUCUGAUAUCACCAAACACUUUUCAGUACUAUCUCUACCUCCCAAUACUUUGACUUGCCCUCAGGUACACGGCAUCCAAACACCAUAAUUAAUAGCUUUGCCAUCAAUCCUAAUUUAUUGACUCCGCUCUGUGUGAUCUGUAUCACCAAAGGCCAGU